CCCGUGUUUACGCUUCAGCUCCCCACGUUUGUGUUUGUCGUUUCUCGCUUUUGAAGAUUUCAAGUUACCGCGACCCACCACAGUAAAUUCAAAACUAUACAGCUAUUUAAUAAGUUAAAGAUCUUAUUCAUCAUGCCUGUACCAAAUGCUGGGUAUAAUCAAGGUCCAAGUUGCUUUGAUCGAAUGAAAGUAGGAUUUGUCAUUGGUAUGUGUGUUGGAUUAGCAUCUGGUGCACUUUUUGGAGGAUUCUCAGCAUUAAGAUAUGGAGUAAGAGGAAGAGAUUUAAUUCAAAGCGUUGGUAAAAUGAUGCUCCAAGGUGGAGGAACAUUCGGUACAUUUAUGGCAAUUGGAACUGGAAUCCGUUGCUGAUGUAUAAUAUUUGUAUUUAAUAACUGUACAUGUUUUCAUUUUGCUGCCAUGUUUAAGAAACAAUAUUUGUUUAAAUAUUUAUUGUUUUCUGAAGGACAUUUUCUUGUUAGUAAAAUCCUUUGAAUGUACAUUGUUACAUUUGUGCAGUUACAACUGUGUAAAUUUAGUUUUUCAGGUACAUAUUUGAAUAAAUAGUAUUUUUAACUUGUUUAA